CGCGAUUCCUUCAUAUAUAUACCUAUGGUUAAAUAUGCAAGAUGUUGGUUCUUCUUUUCCCUUUUAUUUUAAGUAGGAAUUAUGGAUCGUUAUAAUAAGGAAAAUCUUCAAGUUAGUGGUAACACUUUAUGAGAAUAGCUAAUUUGGUGGUUGUCGUGAUUUCUUCGUCGAAUAUACGGAAUCUACUGACUACUUUGGGAACCUCCCGCAUGCGCAGUAAUGGGGUACGGUUGUAUCAGAGAUAUGAAUUAUGCUACCAUGACAGUGUGAGAAACUCAGCCUCGGAAAUCUCCCGGGAAAUCAAGCGAUGUAACGGGUGUCAGAGAUGUUUCAAUCCACGAAACGACCGUUUUCGUAGCGAUCCACGGCCUAUUUUGUAUGAUUCCAUCAGCUUGAAAUUUCCCGCUUCUUCUUUUUCUCACUCUUUUUCUAAGACGGCAGGAAAAAGAAAAUAGUGGGAGGAGUGGUUAGAAAAUGAAUGCAAAAGAUAGUGGAAAAUUAAGUAUCGUAAGAGGGAAAAGAAAAGGGAUAAAUGAAAGGAUAUGGAAGAGUGUGGCGGAAACUGAAAUUUGCCAGUAAUUUA